CUGAGGCCUGGGGUCCAUGAAACAGGAAAACAUGUGAUUUCCCCAGGGACCCUGAGUCCCUGUUGGGGUCCCCAGGCCCGCUCCCCCCCCACCCCACCGCCGACAGCCAGCCUGUGUGGGGCCUGAGUUUGUCUGCGUCCGGACCAGCAUCGUGUCACAGCUGGCCCCGGGAGCAGGGGUGGGAACCGGCGUGUGUGCCGAGCCCCCCGAGAGAUUCACCAAGAGUCAGACACGAGCACUCGUCGCUCUGAACUGUUUUGUUUGGGAAAAUGCACUCUGUUUCAUAAAGACGUGUUACUUAUCUAACAGAGUAGAUUUCCUGUUAUUUUACAAUAAAUUCAUAAGUGUAUUUUAAAACUUCGUUUUGAUCUCGAAUGCAGGAAACCUUGGUAGAUGUGAUGCCCCUAAAUCAAAGCUCUGGGUACCUCCUGGCCGUGGACGGGCCCUGGGUGGCCGACAGCCCAGGCACGGCAGGGGCAGGGUGCAGCCAGGCAGCAAGCUCCGCGGCCCCCGCCGACCCCCGGAGCGUGGGCCUGCUUCUCGCCCCCGGUGAGCCCACGUGGGGCCCAGAUCUGCCCUCACUAAGGCUUUCGUAGGUCGCGAAGCACUGCGUGCCCAGCCUGGCCCAUUCGGAGCGCCCGACGAGCCGUGCCAGCGUCAUUGGGAAGUGGCAAAUGUGGCAGACGCUGGACGAGUCUCUGCAUGCACAUGUGCAGACACCCAGAAAGCUGGCGACACUGGGCGCCCCAGGGGGUGGUUGUCAGGCUGGAGAUGUCUCCAUCGCCUUCCUAGAGCUGCGGUUCCCGGAGGAGCAGAUCGGGCAGGCGGGACGGCGGGUGUCACACUCGUGCAGGCGGUUAUGUUCUGAGCGCCAGCUGUCACCGUGCGUAUCACCCACUCUACACAGCAGGCCCGGGAGGCGGGUCCUCGCGUUACCCUGGUUUUGUACAUGAGGACGCUGGGGUCAGGGACGGUCAGUGUCUCGUCCUAGCAGCAGGUGCUGCAUGUGCCCCCAGCUGCCCCCAGCCGUCCUGCUACCCGCUGUGGCUCAGACACCUGAGCUGGAACUGGAGAUGUGGCAGCUCUGUGGGAAGGCAGAGGCCCUGCUCUCUGUGAGAAGAUGUCCUACGGAUCCAUCGCUGGCAGUGGUGGCCUGGGGAGCCAUGGUCCUUUCGGGGGAUCUUCCAGACAAGGCUAUCAGCCCCUAGAGUGCGCUAAAUGUUGGACCGAGUACGGAAUCCGCCAUUUCCCCUGCCCGUCGCCAGAGAGCAGCCCACGGGACCCCUGUGUGGGCGAGGACGGGGAAGGUGAUCGGGGGUCGGCGGGCACGCCCAGAGGCCCGAGGGCCAGGAAGCGAGGGCCAGGGGUCGCCGUCGAAGGCCGUGGGACGCCGGAGCCUGCCUCACCGCCUGCUGCUGCCCCGAGGAAGGACUCUGCCGGUGGGGCCCACGGCCGGCUGGCAGGGCCCGGUGCCACACGUGCCAAGAAGAGGAAACCCAACUUCUGCCCGCAGGAGACGGAGGUGCUGGUGUCCAAGGUCAGCAAGCACCACCAGCUGCUGUUCGGCAGCGGGCUGCUGAGGGCAGAGCCCGCCCGCAGGUACCGCGUGUGGAGCCGCAUCCUGCAGGCCGUGAAUGCCCUAGGCUACUGCCGCCGAGACGUCGGGGACCUCAAGCACAAGUGGCGGGACCUGCGUGCCGUGGUGCGGCGCAAGCUGGGUGACCUCCGCCGCGUCGGCCCUGGCCCCGGCGCGCCCCCAGCCCUGGCCCUCACCCCUGUGGAGCGGACUGUGGCCCAGACCUUCUCCUGCCGGGCCCCGUCCCCCGAGGGUGUCGACCCGGAGCCGCCCCGAGCCAUGCAGGCAGACCCAAGUGACCUCCAGGAGCUGUUCCAGGAGAUGUCAGCCAGCAUCUUUCAAAUCAAUUCCAGCGUGAGCUCCUUGGAGCAGAGCCUCCGGUCCUUGGGGACACCGAGUGACACGCAAGAGCUGAGGGAGAGCCUGCACGCGGCGCAGCAGGAGACCAACAAGACCGUCGCGGCCAGCACCGGUGCCGUGAAGCGGAUGACGGAGCUCCUGCGGGGCUGCUCCCGGGUUGGGCCGUGGCGUGGAAGGUGCACAAGAGCUUCCGGUGACAUGUCCAAGAAGCUGACGCUGCUGCCACCCGAGGACCGCGGCAGUCCGCUAAGUGAGAGAGGCCAGUGCAGAAGCCACAUGCUGUAUGGCCUGCAGGAGUGUCUGCAGCUGGACCGCCUGAAAACCCAGCUCUCGGAUGCCAUUCAGCGCUAUGGUGUGGUACAGAAGAAAAUUGCGGAAAAGUCCAGAGCACUGCUUCCCACGGCCCAGCGGGGUGGCAAACAGCAGCAGAGUCCCCGGGGCCCUUUUGCUGAGCUGCCUGAUGAUGAGAAGAUCUUUAAUGGGGGUGACGGCAUGUGGCAGGGCCAGGAGCAGGCGCUGCUCCCGGAGAUCACCGAGGAGGACCUAGAGGCCAUUCGGCUGCGUGAGGAGGCCAUCCUGCAGAUUGAGAGUGACUUGUUGGAUGUAAACCAGAUCAUCAAGGACUUGGCCUCCAUGGUGUCAGAGCAAGGCGAUGCCAUCGGGUCCAGCAGCAGCAAGGCCCCGUGCCGGCCAAGCUCCAGCCCAGAGCCAGCCGUGGCGGCCCUGCUGCCCGGGCUGGGCUGUGCGCCCCCGCGGCCGGGCCCCCACUGUCGCACCAAGACGCGCAAGCCCAACUUCAGCCCCCAGGAGACGGAGGUGCUGGUGCAGAGGGUGACACGCCACUACCCACUGCUGUUCGGGGCGCUGCGGGGCACGCCCUCCCGGAAGCACCGCGUGUGGAACAAGAUCCUGCAGGCGGUGAACGCGCUGGGCUACUGCCGGAGGGACCUGGGCGACCUCAAGCACAAGUGGCGGGACCUUCGUGGGGCUGUGCGCAAGAAACUGGCGGAGCGCCCGCGGGCCCCCGGCCUCAUCCUUACCCCUGUGGAGCGCAUGGUGGCCGAGACCUUCUCAGCCCCAGCCCCCCUAGGUGAGGGCCGGGCCACCGAGCCCCUGCCAACGGACGAGGAGGAUGAGGCCCCCAGCUGCCUGUGGCUACCCCUGCGGACCCUGGAUGGGCCGAGCCUGCCUGAACCCGACCCCCUGGACCUCCGAGGAACUAUCGCUGUGCCUACCUCCUCGCCCUUCCCACCGGCCUCCCCAGCCUCCCCAGCCUCGGUGCCACCUGCUGCUGCGUUCCCGGGGGCCCUUGGGCCCUCCCCGCCCUCUGCUGCGCCAGCCCCGCCCCCUGGGAGGCCCGCGGGGGAGGCCACCGAGUUUGAACAGCGGCUGCUGGACUCCCAUCGGCGACAGGGUGCCCUGCUCUCCCACUGGUCCCAGCAGCAGAGCGCACUGAUGGCUCAGCAGAACCUGCUGCUGCAGAGGCUGGCAGAGCAGAGCCAGCGGCUGGCUGACGGUGUGGAGGCCCUCAACCAGACCCUCGAGAAGCUGGUGGGGGCCUGCCCGGCAUGGGGAGCCUCACCCACGGCCCCGGAGGGCACCCUGCCUGGCGGAGUGGCCCGUGGGUCCACCAGAGGCUCCCAGGGCAGCCCCCAGGGCUCCCACCCAGGCCUGGAGGUCUUCUCAGGGAUGAUCCUCAAGGUGGAAGAUGAGGUCUAGGGUCUGGCCCCCAGAAGGCCGCACACAGUGGGGACUCCAGCCCUUCUGAGAACUGGGCCCAGGGACAGCCAGGCAGGGCUGGAGCCUCGACAGAGCCGGUGAGGACAAAGGACACUCAUGACGUUGUCCCUGGGGCUCAACGAUGUGCCAGGAAAGGCCUCGGAGCCAAUCUGCAGGUCCUGGGCAGAGGUCUGCUCAGGGACCUCAUGGCUGGAGAGGGCAGAGGGGCACGAGUGCAGCCCCUGCUGCCAUCCUGCGUGCUCACCAGCUGCAGUGAACCCCUUGGAGGACAGGGCCGGCACCUCCCUGCAGCCACAGGGCGGCUAGAGCGUCCCCAGACCUGGAAGGGUGGCUCAGCUGGGUGUCACAAAGGCCCCCGGGGACCCGGAGUGCCCACCGGAAGCCUUCUCCUCCUGGAUGUGUGGACUCUGCGGGCUGGGUCCUGCACUUUUCUUCAUUCUGCCAAGGGAACCACGUCCUGCAGGCCUGGAGUCCUUUCUGCCCAGUUAGAGCUGUGGCUUGAUAGACACGCAUAUGUAUAUGUGUUACUGGGUACUGUAUGGGGUGGGGUGCUGUUUUGUACCUACUGAUUUUUCCUGCAGAAAAGUAUUUUUCCUAUAUAAGCAUAAAAUAAUGAAA